ACCUGAAGUUGAAGUAGAAGAACCAGAACCCGAAGUAGAAGAACCUGAAGCUGAAGUAGAAGCCCCAGUUGAGGAGGAGGCCACAGAUGAGAUGAAACCAAAGCCAAAGAUUUUCAUGCAAAACAUUGCGGCUCCAAAGAUGCCAGAGGGAGACAAAGUGGACUUUGAUGACAUUCACAGAAAGCGCCAGGAAAAGGAUUUUGCAGAACUGCAGUCUUUGAUCGAGGCUCACUUCAUUCAGAGGAAGAAAGAGGAGGAAGAGCUCAUUGCUCUGGUUAACAGGAUUGAGAAGCGCCGUGCCGAGAGAGCAGACCAAGUCAGGAUCCGGACAGAGAAAGAAAGGGAAAGACAGGCCCGUCUGGCAGAAGAGAAGGAAAGGAGAGAGCAGGAAGAACAGAGGAAGAAGCAGGAUGAGGAUGCAAAGAAGAAGAAGGUUCUCACCAACAUGACGCACCAGUACGGUGGGAUACAGCAGAAGAUGGAGGGUCGUAAAGGGGCAAAGAAACAGACUGAGAGGGAGAAGAAGAGAAAGAUCCUGGCUGAAAGAAAGAAGCCACUCAACAUCGACCAUCUGUCUGAGGAUAAAUUGAAAGAGAAGGCCAAUGAGCUGUGGCAGUGGAUGAUGGAGCUGGAAGCUGAGAAGUUUGACCUCUGUGAGAAACUUAAGAGACAGAAAUACGAUAUCACUCAGCUUCUGGCUCGUGUCAGGGAUCACCAGAGUGCCAAAGGUCGUGGCAAGGGCAAGAUGGGUGGCAGACUGAGGUAAACACCCCUCCACCUGCGGUGCACCAGGAAUCCAGAGGAUUAAAUCCGUGCCGUUGCAAAAGUUUCAACAAUCACGCUGUACUAUUGUAUUGUUUGCCAGCACACGUUGCUUAUAUAAAGACAGUAAAGAGAUUUUUUUUGUUGUA